CAACAAGUUUCAUCUUCAGUCAAGGAUAAGAGACCAAGAAUCGGAGAAAUGGAAGAAUAUCAUCUGUGAUGGAUGAAUGGCUGGUGGAUGCAACGACAUCCGAAUAACAACAGCUUUAACACAACACAGCAGUAAUGACUCCAAACGUCACUUCUCUGCACCUCAAUUAGACCACCAUGUCCUGAAGAGAAGCAGGAGCUCUCUGGUGAGCUGAAGUUCUGGAAAAGGUCAAAGGUCUUGGGUUAAGCAUGGUGUCAGUGGAGGUCUCCGUGGCUUUUGUGUUGUGCUGUGUGCUGAUGAAAGCCAGAGCUCUGAUUGAUUCUGAUGAUGUCAUCACCAGAGAUGAACAGAUCUAUCUUCUGAUUGAUGCACGGGCGAGGUGUGAGAGAAGCAUUCGUGCACAAUUAGAUGGUGUCAGAGAGGAUCACUGUGUUCCUGAAUGGGAUGGGAUAAUCUGCUGGCCCAUGGGAAAGCCUGAUCAGACGGUUGCAGUUCUCUGUCCUGAGUACAUCUAUGACUUCAACCACAAAGGAUAUGCAUAUCGCCACUGUGAUGCGUCAGGUAACUGGGAACAGGUAUCCACUAUAAACCGGACAUGGGCUAACUACACAGAAUGCACCACGUACCUACACACUAACCACAGCGAUCAGGAGGAGGUCUUUGAGCGACUUUAUCUAAUGUACACUAUUGGAUACUCCAUAUCAUUGGCGGCAUUACUGGUGGCUGUCUUUAUCCUUUGCUAUUUUAAACGUCUCCAUUGCACCCGUAACUACAUCCACAUCCACCUCUUCACCUCAUUCAUAUGCCGAGCAAUCAGUAUAUUUGUGAAAGACGCCGUUCUUUCUACCAUCACAGAUGAAGGCAAACUAGAAGAUGGGUCCAUUGGACAAAGACCCUACAUGGUACUCACAAAAACACAUUUGCAGAUGAAUACAUAAAUAACACAAAGUGUCUGCAGAACCCAGCAUUGGUUUUAUUGUUUUGAACAGGUGGGCUGCAAGGUUGCUGUGACCCUCUUCCUGUAUCUCUUGGCAACCAAUCAUUAUUGGAUACUGGUGGAGGGUCUGUAUUUGCAUAGUCUGAUCUUCAUGGCCUUCCUGUCUGAUAAAAACUGUCUGUGGGCUUUAACAAUCAUAGGCUGGGGAAUACCUGCAGUGUUUGUAUCCAUAUGGGUCAGUGCCCGGGUGUCUCUGGCAGACACACAGUGCUGGGAUAUUAGUGCCGGCAAUCUCAAAUGGAUCUAUCAAGUACCUAUCCUGGCAGCCAUUGUUGUAAACUUCUUUCUCUUCCUCAAUAUCAUCAGGGUUCUUGCCUCUAAGUUGUGGGAAACAAACACUGGAAAACUAGAUCCUAGACAGCAGUACAGGAAACUGCUGAAGUCAACCCUGGUGUUAAUGCCACUGUUUGGAGUUCAUUACAUGCUGUUCAUGGCUCUUCCAUACACUGAGGUCACAGGUCUGCUGUGGCAAAUUCAGAUGCAUUAUGAGAUGUUCUUCAACUCUUCACAGGGUUUCUUUGUGGCAUUUAUUUACUGCUUCUGCAAUGGGGAGGUGCAGGCAGAGGUUAAGAAGGCUUGGCUGAGGCGCAGUCUUGCAAUAGACCUGAAGCAGAAAGCUUGUGUCAACAGCAGCGCGGGAUGUGGGAGCAGCUACUAUGGAGGCAUGAUGUCACACACCACAACGCAGAGCGUGUGUCUCAGUGUCAGCGGCACUAAAGGCCUGCCUCUGGCCACUAUGGGGGCCAGAGGACAAACGCGUCUCCACCAUUCAGGAAAUUUAGGUCAUGUGCCUCACGACACAGAGACUGUGUUUUCUAAAGUGCGGCAGCAUGAGCUGGUUCUGAGGCAGAAUGAUGGGAAAAGGUCUCCAUGCAAGCAGAGCAGCAGGAAUGCAGAGGAAAGUGAGCAUGAUUUUGAGCCAUAUUUUGUAGCAGAUGAUGAACAUUCAGGUUCCAUGUCUUGGAAAGAACUGGAAACAAUGCUCUGAUGGUCUCCUGGCUGAAUAUUAGUGUGCUUACUAUGGUUAGAAGCCCUUAGUAUUAAAUAGUCUAGAAUUAAAUACAAGUUAAGCUCAGUUAACAGCACUUGUGGCAUAUUGUUGACCACAGGAAUUUCAACUCAGUUCUCAUUUUCUUAAAAAAUGAAAGAAAGAAUGAUAUCUAGAGGUGGAAUCAUGGAGGAGUGCAAUUUUGACGUGGGCCCAUCUAGCAACAUCCUAGAAAAAAACAUUUAGAAAACACUGUAGUAACCAACCCAGCACACUAACAUUGUAGCAUUGUAGAAUUUGAGCACCACUCAUUUUCUUGAGAAUUUUUUGAGUUUUUACUAUUGUAAUUAUAGAUGUCUGAAUCUGAGAUGUCAAGCAAAUUCAUAUAUUUGUCUGUCAUGCAU